AUGGGCAAUGAGCGACAAACAAACAGACCAAACGAUCUGAGAUCGAACUCUGGGGUUGAGACAUCAUCCGUUUCCCGAUGUCCGCACUAUUCUCUUUCCCCUUCCCCCAUGAUCAUUCCACUUCGACCCCUGCUCUCUUGGAGGCAUGGAUGCCGCACGUAUUCUUCGCUCUCAGAGCGCUUGCAUCGCGAACUGACUUCAAGGAAACUCCCGUUGACGUACGAUUACCUCCACCCACAGCCCUCACACCUGCUCAACCUUACGCUCCGUGAUCUUGUACCACCAUCUACCACUUCCGACGAUUAUGCGACUCUGCCUUCCAUCCAGAAUGCCUCUCCGCUACCAAUUGGGCACCACCUGAUUUACUUCCCGCCGCAGGUGACAUUGUCCCAACUACUCCCGGACUGUACGGAUACACUACAUACCCCCGGAGAACCAUUCAACCGGCGUCUCUGGGCAGGGGGAAAUUUAAGAUUUCCCUCAUCUAGUCCUGCUUUAGAUGGCAGUCGCGCAGUCUGCAUUGAGUCCAUCCGCAAUGUGACCGUAAAGGGCCGCGAAGGAGACGAGAAGGUGAUUGUCACUAUUGAGCGGCGCGUCGGUAAUGCGCCAGAGGGGGAAACUGCCGACGAGACCCGGGAUCGGAUCUGGAAAGAGAACGAAGAAAACCCAGGGGAGUCGUCAGUAAUUGAGAAUCGGGAUCUCAUCUUCAUGCGGUUGAAGACCGGGGCACAGAUCGAGACAGAUAAAGAGCAAUUUGGAAAGCCUAGCAGAAUUGUCAAACCUCCUUCCAAUGCGACAUUCCGCCAUUCUCUUAUGCCGACUAAGGCGCUGUUAUUCCGGUUCUCGGCACUUACGUUCAAUGCCCAUUCUAUCCAUCUGGAUAAGGGAUAUACUCAGAAUCAGGAAGGAUAUCGCGAUUUGCUGGUACAUGGCCCGUUGACGCUCACCCUUCUGUUGAGUGUGCUGCAACACCACCUGAAGCAGGUGAACCUCUGCCUCAGUAACCUUGAAUAUAAAAAUUUGGCUCCUCUGUUUGUUGGAGAGGAGCUGGUUAUUUGUGGAAAGCCCAAGAAUGAUACUGGAGCUUGGGAUGUAUGGAUUGAGAGCCAAGAUGGAGGGUUGGCUGUUAGAGAAAUCUCGUCUUCAGCUUCAGCUAUGGACUUCUUCUGGCGGGCUCCCCCAGUCACUAGGACUCUUACAGCCUUGACUCUGGUUCAAUCUGCAUUAGUGCAUGGUGGUUUAAUGAGUGGCUACCAUGCUCUAUUCCUUCCGAGUCUGAUUUUCAACUGGCGCCCCCAAAUUUGGCGGCUAGCCACUCCAUUUUUACUAACCGGACCUGGCUUGUCCUUUGUCUUUGAUCUUUACUUCAUGUACCACUAUGGCAGUUCUCUGGAGACUGGCUCGGCUCGUUUCGACCAACCUGGAGAAUUCUUCAUAUACCUGUUGUUUGUAGCCUUCACCCUCAUGCUCACAGCAGGUACCUAUUUCGGGGCGAUGAUUCUUACAAGCCCCUUGAUUAUGGCUUUCGUCUACACCUAUUCCCAGGACAAUCGAGGCAAGCGCGUGAGAUUCUACAUUAUCGAUAUCCCCGUGGUGUUUCUGCCAUACGCAUUGCUCCUAGUCACAAUGGUGAUGGGUGGGUGGCAAUCCGCUCUAGUAGAAAGCAUGGGCAUCAUCUCUGCUCAUCUGUACGACUUCAUCACUCGCAUCUACCCUACCUUCGGUGGCGGACGAAACUUCAUUAAGGUCCCAGCCUUCUUGGAGAGAUACUUUACUCGACACACCGUGAAUGUUGGAUCUCGAGGAUAUGGAUCAGCCAGUCGCCCAGCGCGAGCAGCCAAUCAGCCUGAGAGUGGACCACUCCCAUCCUCUUGGGGCUGGGCCUCUGGUGUGCAGGGAUCUUGGAAUGGCCGAGGUACUGGUCGCAGACUUGGAUAG